CCAACCUAAACACAUCACAAAUAUCACAACGCCAAACGAGGCUUCAUCGAAGAGCAAAAGAAAUAAACUUUUUUAUAAUCAUAUAUUACUACAAACAUUUCUCUCUUCUUCUUCUUCUUCUUCUUCUUCUGGUGUUUGUUUUGUUUGGCAGCCAUGGAUUAUUCCUCUAUGAAGUCGUUCUUGCUUGGCGUCAGAAACUCGGCGAAUUCACGCUUAUCUCAAUACGAGCCUCUGGUUCUUGUCAUUUCUCCGCUCCCCGCUCUCGCCGUCGCUUGGAUCGUCCAGUCGGCUCUUCGCGUCGUUUGCGAGAGAGGACUCAAAGCCAGCGUCUUGGCGCUUCUCAUGAGCUUCGUCAAAUUGAUUCCUGGCGUACAGGGCUAUAUUGACGCGGAGAAACAGAAGGUUGUGGAUCAGUUAAAUUCUGGUGGUCAAUCUAAAAGAGUAGCUUGGAGGACCGAGUUGCCUAGUGUAGGCUUAGGAGCAGAAGUCCUAGAAAUAAUGAAGAUUGAGAAAACAAAAGAUCCGGUUUGGCAAGGCAAAUGCUCUGGUACAGUUUAUGUUGGAGGAAGCGAAUGCGAAGGACACUUUUCUGUGCUGAACGAGGCAUGUUCAAUGUUUGCACAUACCAAUCCGUUGCAUUCAGAUGUAUUCCAAAGUGUAGUGCGAUUUGAAGCAGAAGUGGUUGCCAUGACAGCUGCAUUACUUGGCGGUAAAGAUAAGUCUUCUGGACGACAAAUAUGUGGAAAUAUGACCUCAGGAGGAACUGAGAGUAUACUAUUAGCUAUGAAAUCAUCACGUGACUAUAUGAAGUCCAAGAAAGGAAUAACAAGACCUGAAAUAAUAAUACCCGAAUCUGCACAUUCUGCAUAUGACAAAGCUGCACAAUAUUUUAACAUCAAGUUGUGGCGUGUCCCUGUGAAUAAAGAGUUUCAAGCUGAUGUCAAGGCGAUUAGAAGAUAUGUCAAUCGAAACACCAUUUUGAUUGUUGGAUCUGCACCUGGUUACCCUCAUGGAAUCAUUGACCCUAUUGAGGAGCUUGGUGAAUUAGCUUCUAGCUAUGGGAUAUGUCUACAUGUCGACCUCUGCCUUGGUGGCUUUGUAUUACCUUUUGCUCGUAAACUUGGGUAUCCUAUUCCACCUUUUGACUUUUCUGUCAAAGGAGUGACCUCUAUAUCAGCCGAUGUGCAUAAAUAUGGGCUGGCUCCUAAAGGAAGCAGUGUGGUUUUAUACAGAAAUCAUGACAUUAGAAAGCAUCAAUUUGUUGCUGUUACUGAGUGGUCAGGUGGGCUAUACGUGUCUCCUAGCAUGGCUGGAAGCAGGCCUGGUAGUUUAGUUGCCGGUGCUUGGGCGGCUAUGAUGUCUUUGGGAGAAGAAGGGUACUUGGAGAAUACAAAGCAAAUCAUGGACGUGUCAAAGAGAAUACAGAAAGGCGUAAAGGAAAUUCCAGAGUUGUUCAUCAUUGGCAGGCCAGACAUGACAAUUGUUGCAUUUGGAUCAGAGGUUGUCGACAUAUUUGAGGUGAACGACAUAUUGACAUCUAAAGGCUGGCAUUUAAAUGCACUUCAGAGACCCAACAGCAUUCAUAUAUGCGUAACCCUUCAACAUGUACCAGUUGUUGAGGAAUUCCUUAGAGACUUGAAGGAAUCAGUUAAUACGGUGAAAGAAAAUCCGGGUCCCAUAAAUGGAGGGCUAGCUCCCGUAUAUGGCGCAGCAGGGAGAAUGCCAGACAGAGGGAUGGUUCAGGAAUUGCUGGUAAACUACAUGGAUAGUGCGUGCUAGAGGCAUUCCGUUUGCCUUUGGGUCGAGCUCUGAUUUUUAUAUCUAUCAUUUAUUAUGUUUUGCACCUUUAUUACCUAAUUCAUAAGUUAAGCUUUGAAUUAAUAAACCUUUCAUUAUUGAUAAGAUUCUCAAAACUGUGAAUUACAUUUUCUAUGAUGAAAUUUAUAUAUAAGCUUGUCAUAACUGUUGUUCUUGACAAAGGUAUUAGAAAUGAUAGGUAAAUGCUACAUCGCUUGU